UUGAUUUUGGAAUCGCCGAUAUGUCCGUCACUUUACAUACAGAUUUGGGAGAAAUAAAAAUGGAGCUUUACUGCGAAAGCUGUUCAAAAACAUGUGAAAAUUUCUUGGCGCUGUGCGCCAGCAACUAUUACGACAACUGCUUGAUUCACCGAAACAUUAAAGGAUUUCUGAUGCAGAUGGGUGAUCCAUCAGGAACGGGUAAAGGAGGAACAAGCAUUUGGGGUAGAAAGUUCGAAGACGAGUUUCGAGAAGAGUUGAAAGUAUGACG